AUUUACGACACUAGUUGAGUGGUGUAAGUCGUGAUGUUCCGAUUUACCGUGAUAUUAUGGGUGGUUUUAGGAAUAUGCAAGUCAGCGCCAAUGGACGAAUUCAAUGGUUUUAUCAACCAAGGAGAAUUGUCCGUAAAUCCAGACGGUGAUUUGAUGGGAAUUGUGCCUGGAUACCUACCGCAGGGAUCUCAAAAAUCUGAUCUAUUUAGUGGCCUUUUAGAGUUAAACAGUGAUUACAUAAACUUGAAAGAGUUCGUCAAAAAAGGUGGCUCAUUAAAAGGCCUUAUUUUUAACAUCUAUAAUGAUGAAAUGAAAGAUGUUGCCAGUCAUUUAUUUGAGUUAUUACAUAAUGCAGAACGUUCUGGUUAUGAUAUUGACAAGCUAAUAAAUCUAAAGGAAUUCAAUGAUGAUUUGGUAACAUAUGUAAGUCAAAUAAACUCGUUGUACAGGGAUAAAUAUGCUGGCGUCGAUGUAUAUCCACCACCUUUUACUACAAAACCCCAUUAUUUUGUUAACGGCGAAACUAUAAUAAAAGCUUUGAAACUUGUAAACUAUAUCAACAAUAAUAUAGAUAUCACUGAUAAUGCUCAUGUUGACCAGUACUUUAAAACUUACGACAUACUCACGAUUAACACUAACUAUUCUGGUUGGAAUCUGCCAGAGAAUGGAGGUGAAGAGUUAUUGAACUACUUCAGAGAAGACAUAGGUUUGAAUAGUUACUACUAUGGAGUACAAUUGAUGCAUCCUUUUUGGAUGUUCCGUCACAGACUGUAUACUUCAAACUCAAGGCCAGACGAGCAUUACUAUUACAUUCACCAACAGCUGGCAGCACGUUUAUAUCUUGAGAAAGAACAUUUGCGUCAAGAAAAUGGGACUAAGAAAACUGAAUUUGGUGAUUACCAUCCAUAUUUAAUUUACGAAAAUGGAUUGCCUUUCCCGACACGGUCAGGUACUAUGGGAGAUUGGAAUGAAGAUAGAGCUAAAAUUAAAACUAUUGAUAUCGCUAUAAGAGAAUGUAUGUCAAGAGGACUUAUUGUUAUGGACAACAAACCGCCGAUAAAAUUAUCCGAAGAAAAUUAUGUAAAAUUAUUGACCAGAUUAUUUAGAGGAAAUUUUGAGGUUGGAAAAGUUUCUAAAAUCAUUAGGUCGUUCUUUGGUUAUGGGGGAAAUGGGUAUCCAAUUGAAGGAUAUAACCCAGCACCGUCUCUACUACACCACCCAGAAACAACAUUAAGGGAUCCCGUAUAUUGGUACAUGAUGCAAUAUGUUCUUAACUACUUCACUGAAUUCAAGGAGUCUAUCGAACCGGCUGAUAUACAAAAAGAUGCCAUAAAACAGUGUGAAAUUAUUGAUGCUGACAUACCAAAAAUAACCACUUAUUUUAACUAUUAUCAAUUUGAUAUCAGCAAUGCUGUGUUUAAACUAGAUUCUCUACAAGACAGAAUGCCAUUGACUAUUACAGCGCGACAGAAAAGACUUAAGCAUUCCAAAUUCGAGUUCAACUUCACCGUUGACUGUAAAGGUGUAAAGGAUAGUAUUGUACGAUUGUUCCUCGGACCACCCUGUACUGACAGUUGCUGGGAAGAAUAUGCAAACUUUUUCGAACUCGAUAAGUUUGCUUUUGCUCUCGCAGAAGAAGGACUAAGUACCAUAACCUGGUCACCGGAGAUCUCAACUAGAUUUUCAAAUGACGAAUAUUAUAAUUUGGAAGGGUCAUCAACACAGAGCGAGAGACAAAAUAAUUUUAAUUUAUUUAAGUUCCCUGAAAAUUUAAUUAUACCUAGAGGUACCCCUAAUGGACUAAAUCUUACCCUAUUUAUCAUGAUAACGCCAGCUGAUGAAUAUUUAGAUGAAAUCUAUUCUGGUAACAAGUUCUUUGGAGAAAUAAUGAACGACCUAGAUAAUAAGCCUAUUGGCUAUCCUUUCGAUAGGCCAGCAGUCGGAUACUAUGACGAUGCUCCAAAUUAUAAAUUCUAUAACAUUACAAUAUAUCAUAAGAAAAACCACAUUCAAAAGAAUGGUUAUUUUUCACCGCACCUGCAUUAAAUGCAUUUUCUUUUAAUGCACAUUAGUUAUUAAGUACAUUAGACAUUAGUAUUGUUAGGUAUAGAAUAAAAAAAUAUUUAUGUAUUUUAUUUGACCCUGGUCAACUUAUUGUUAACUUGUCCAUAUCCGCUCAAAAUUCGUUACCUUGAUGACCUUUAUGGUCAACAAAUUAUCAGGAAUAAUUCAACUAAAAUAUGUUAAUAGUAGUUGUCAUUUAAUAUAUAUGUCAUUUAUUAUAAGAAAUAA